AUGGUGGCGGGCUGUUGGUGGCUGGAGCCAGUCUUUUUGACUGUUUCUGCGCUCAGUGUCUACGAGAAUGUGGUUGUCGUGUCCAUUCAGUACCGGCUAGGAAUUCUGGGAUUUUUCAGCAGUACCGGAGAUGAUGAGCUACCUGGUAAUCUGGGCUUCCUGGACCAGUUUGCGGCCCUCUAUUGGGUGCAGGAUAACAUCGCUGAUUUCGGGGGCGAUCGGCACUCUGUCACCAUAUUUGGGGAGUCCGCCGGGGGAGUCAGUGUCUCAGCUUUGGUAAGAUUUCCACUUGCCAACUAA